AUGAAACAUUUCACAACGCUCAUUGUGGUGUUUGUGGCCAUCAAGGCAUACUUGGUAGCGCUUGCGCUCGUGGUCCCCCGGCAAUAUGACACCUCUUCGACCUUGCUGUUCCCCAACAACCGUUUUCUGUCGCGUUUGGUCAUCUGGGACUCUGUGUUUUUUGUGUCCAGCGCAGAGCGAUCCCAUCUGUACGAACACGAAUGGGCCUUCAGCUGGAUGUGGUCCCGUGCUCUGGGACUCGCCGGAUCACGUGACGCCAUUGCCUACACGGCGAUCGCCGUCUCGUCGCUGAGUCAUCUUCUGGCGGCCCUCAUGCUCAGAAAACUCACCGAGUCCGUUUUCCACAACAAGCGGUUUGCCGAAACCACCGCGCUCAUGUACAUCUUGUCGCCGGCGGGCAUUUUUCUGGUGGCGGGAUAUACCGAGUCGUUGUUUGCGCUUCUGUCGUUCACAGGUUUGUACUUGAGACAGCGGGGCCAGUACCCGUUGGCAGGAGCAGUUUUGGGAGCGUCCUGCUUACUAAGAGGCAACGGUCUGCUGUGGGGAAUCCCCUUUCUGUUUGAUCUGGCCUCUGCCAUCAAGCACAACCAGUUCAACAGGGGAGUUUCUGUUGUUAUUGGCGGGUCUCUGGUUGGAGCGGUCUUUCUGUACACCCAGUACCUGCCCUGGUCCAUCUUCUGUCCCGAGCGCGACGAAUGGUGCAACUACUACAUUCCUAGCAUCUACGGCUAUGUUCAGCAGCGGUACUGGAACGUUGGUUUCCUGAGAUACUGGACGGCCAACAACAUUCCCAACUUUCUGUUUGCCGCCCCAGUGCUCUAUCUCAUGUACCAGUCCAUGUCGACCAACCCGUCGCUGGUUCCUUUCUACACGGUGCAUGCCAUCAUGGGUUUGGCGUGUGUCUUCAUGUGGCAUGUUCAGAUCAUCACCCGUAUCUCCACCUGUCUGCCGACCCUGUACUGGUACAUGGCCAAGCUGGCUCAGGGGUACAAUGGGCACUAUGUGGUGCGCUACAUUUUCGUCUGGAUCACCUUUCAGGUGGUCAUGUGGGGUGCUUAUUUGCCGCCUGCGUAG